AUGGCAGGUCAAUUUCAACGGGCGGAUCUCUGCUUGUGGUCAAACAACGUUCGGGGCCUUAACGCCCCGGAACGGCGCUCGCACCUUCUCCGCACCCUGUGGGCGGCACGCGCGUCUCUAGCAUUCGUCCAGGAAACUCACUUCCAGGGGCGAAAUGCACCGGUGCUGCGAGACACCCGCUUCCCGAUGGGAUACUUUGCCAACCACCCACAUGCCAAAAAGUCGGGGGUGGCAAUUCUCAUAGCCCGUAGAGUGCCCUUUCAAAGCCAAGCUGAGCUGGCGGACCCAGAAGGCCGAUAUAUAUUCGUGAAAGGCACGAUUGCCGGACACCCUUAUACCUUGGCAUGUGUCUAUGCACCCAAUACGGCACAGCACCACUUCCUGACACGCACCUUGCAUGCCCUGGAACGCUUCAGAGAAGGCUUGCUGAUCCUAGCGGGGGAUCUUAACCUAGCCCUGGACCCACGGCUAGACACCUCCUUAGGAACUAGCUCCCUACCGUCUUCCUACCAACGCAAGGCCCUUGUGGCCCUCAAGAACGCGGGGUUGGCGGACUCGUGGCGAGUGGCUCACCCACUAAGGAGGGACUACUCCUACUACUCUGCGGUCCACACUCGCUACAGUCAGUUGGACUAUAUCUUCCUCCCCAUUGAAUACCUCUCGCUCUUGCAAUCCAGUGGGAUCCACACGGCAACCUGGUCGGACCACGCUCCGGUCUGGACUAAGAUUGCCUCCCCGCUGUACAGGCCACGGGAGAGGCAGUGGCGGCUCAACGAGCAGGUCUUGGAGGAAUUGGAGGCGACGGUGGGGAUGGGUGACGCACUGCAGAAGUACUUUGAGGAGAACACCACCCCAGACGUGGAACCAUCGAUGAUAUGGGAGGCUCAUAAAUGUAUGAUCCGCGGCUAUCUCAUACGUUAUUGUACCCAACGAAAGAAGGCCCAAAGGCAAGCAGUCACGGACCUGGCACAACAAGUGGCAACCCUCGAAACCCUACAUAAGUCUACCCUAUCAGAGGAUACCUACAGAGAACUCCUGGAGGCGCGGAGAAACCUCAAGCAAUUGCUCUCGCAGGGCCUUCUCCGAACCAUUCGCAGAUCCCGACGACACUUCUACGAAUACUCGGACAAAUGCGGGAGGCUCCUGGCCAGGCGCCUGCAAAGGGAACGGAGACUCACAAACAUAACCAAGAUCCGGGACCAGACUGGCGUGCUCACUCAACGCCCAGACGGAAUAGCGACGGCCUUCCACCAUUUCUACAUGGCCUUAUAUAACAUCCCAGAAACGCGAGGUGCAGCAGCCCGGAAGAGGCGGGAAACUGAGAUCGCGCACUACUUGGAACAACAUAUCUCCCGGACUCUUACGGACGUCCAAAGGACUGAAAUGGAGGAACCCAUUUCCCUGGAGGAACUCAAAUACGCUCUUAAGAUAGCCAAAGCCCAUAGGGCGCCAGGCCCGGACGGCCUCCCCGCGGCAUAUUAUAAAAAGUUUCAAGACAUCUUGCUGCCACACCUCCUGGGAACCCUGAAUCACCUACUAGAAGGCGGCCACCUCCCGAGAGAUACACUGGCUGCCACUAUCUCUCUUAUCCCAAAAGACGGAAAGGACCUGACGAACUGUUCCAGUUACAGGCCGAUCUCCUUACUCAACUCUGAUUUGAAACUGUUCACUAAAAUACUGGCCUUGCGGGUGGGGCGCAUAUUGCCGGACCUGGUGCACCCGGAUCAAGUGGGAUUCAUUCCCGGCAGGGAGGCACGCGACAACACCAUCAGGGCCCUCAACAUGAUCCAUCUGGCGGGGAGCGGCCGGAAGGGGGUCCUCCUCCUCUCGACCGACGCCGAGAAGGCGUUUGAUCGGGUGGACUGGGGGUUCAUGCUGGCGACGCUCCGUGCGAUGGGAUUUGGGCCCCACAUGAUGACCUGGAUAACGGCCCUCUAUACGACACCAACAGCCCGUAUGCGCAUCAAUGGGGCCCUAACACAGCUAAUCAACAUCCGUAAUGGCACGAAACAGGGGUGCCCGCUGUCCCCCCUCCUGUUUGCCCUCUCCCUGGAACCAUUCCUGGGGGCGGUCAGACGGGAUGGGGGAAUCACGGGCCUCGUCUAUAAAGGUCUGGAGCAGAGAGUUGCGGCAUACGCGGAUGAUCUCCUCUUCUUCCUUGCCAACCCACUCAUCUCUCUCCCGAACCUACUAGCAAGGUUCCGGGAGUACAGCCUGCUCUCUAACCUUAAACUCAAUGCUGAGAAAUCGGAAGCCUGCCCCUUAAAUCUAACUGCCGCAGACACGACUCACCUACGGACACAGUACCCAUUUAAGUGGUGUGCGGAUAAGCUCAAAUACCUUGGCAUAUGGCUUACCGGAGACACGACGCGUCUAUUCCAGGAGAACUUUGUCCCCAUCCUCCGCACACUACAGCAUGACAUGACGACUUGGGGCGGCCUGUGCAUUUCAUGGUUCGGGAGAAUCAAUGCCUUAAAAUUAAACCUCCUCCCUCGACUACUUUACCUUUUCCAGACCGUACCAAUUUUGAUACCCAGGACCUUCUUUCAGACACUCAAUACUGCGAUGAUAAAAUUUGUGUGGAAGACGGGACGACCUAGGGUUAACGGGGCGCUCCUGUCUCUGCCCAAGAGGAUGGGGGGCUUAGCCCUCCCUUCACUAGUUCAUUACUACAGGGCCACCCACCUGCUUCGGCUGGUGGACUGGCACACACUAAACUCAGACAAGCUCUGGAGGGAACUGGAGAACCUACAAGUGGAUCGAAGGCUGCCAGCCGCGGUAUGGACAGCGCACCCCCUAAAGGACCCCAGAAUGACCCUCAACCCGUUUAUCCGGGCUACGAUGCAAGUUUGGGUUACUACUCGCCUGAAGGACGGACUCACUACAACGCCGGGUCCUCUGACCCCUAUUACCCAUAACCCAGAUAUCGCGGACGUACUGCGACCUGGGGAUGUGUUGGGACUCGGGGACCCGGACUGGACAUAA